GUCCUGCGGAGGCUGCCCGGCGCUGCCGGCAGGGAGGGGCGGUGGGGCUUCGGGCUUUUAAAUAAAAGGGGCGCUUUUCUCUCGUUGCAGACACUUUCCAGGUCUUCCUUCCGGAGAACGUGAGAUCCGCCUCGGCGCCAGCCUGCUGGGGUUCACUGGUUGUUAAGUAGAUUUGGGAGCGGUGUGACAUCGCGCCGCCAGUCCCUUCCCUCCUGAGAAAGGGUAGCUGCUUUCUGAGCAAUCACAUACCAACUUCAUGUAUUCCUAAGACUGUCACCAGCUUCUUGUUUUCUAUUCAGAGGCCUUACAGAGUUUUAAUUACUUAUUGGCUCUGGUGGUUGUAAAGUAAUUUAAGAUGUCUGUACUACUCGGUUGUAAUUAUCUAAUUCACUCUUGUGUUAAGAGACAUCGUUUUAACUUGGGAAUGGUUAAAUCACCAAAGAAUUAAGUUAUUUAUGGAUAAGGGCUAUUUUAUUUGACUACUGUUGGCCUGCAACUUAAACUUGCAUCUUUUAUUUUUUUAUCCUAUGCUUUUUCUUUGUUAUGGCUGCUGCAACAAUAGUUCAUGAUACAUCAGAAGCUGUAGAGCUCUGUGCUCCCUGUGGGUUAUACCUUAAACCCAUUACAAAAAUGACCAUCAGUGUGGCACUUCCUCAGCUGAAGCAACCGGGAAAAUCCAUUUCGAACUGGGAAGUGAUGGAAAGAUUGAAGGGGAUGGUGCAAACUCAUCAGUUUUCCACUCUGCGGAUUUCUAAAAGCACAAUGGAUUUCAUUCGGUUUGAAGGAGAGGUGGAGAACAAAAGUUUGGUUAAAUCUUUUCUGGCAUGCCUUGAUGGCAAAACAAUAAAACUGAGCGGCUUCUCUGACAUUUUAAAAGUGCGUGCUGCGGAAUACAAGAUUGACUUUCCUACCAGACACGAUUGGGACUCAUUUUUCCGUGAUGCAAAAGAUAUGAACGAAACCUUGCCUGGGGAGAGGCCAGAUACCAUUCACUUGGAGGGUUUACCUUGUAAGUGGUUUGCAGCAAAGGAGACUGGCUCAGAAAAGCCAAGUGAAGAAGUCCUUAUAAAAGUUUUCCAGAAAUUUGGAGAAAUCCGUAAUGUGGACAUACCCAUGCUGGACCCUUACAGAGAAGAAAUGACUGGCAGGAAUUUUCACACUUUCAGCUUUGGAGGCCAUCUAAACUUCGAAGCGUACGUUCAGUACCGGGAGUACGCAGGCUUCAUCGAGGCCAUGAAUGCCCUGCGAGGAAUGAAGCUGAUGUACAAGGGCGAUGAUGGCAAAGCAGUGGCUUGCAAUAUAAAGGUUUCUUUUGACUCAACAAAACACCUCAGUGAUGCAUCAAUUAAAAAGCGUCAACUUGAAAGGCAAAAGCUUCAAGAGCUUGAAAAGCAGAGAGAAGAACAAAAACGUAAAGAGAAAGAAGCUGAGGAGAAACAAAAAGAAGAAGAAAGGAAGCAGAGGGAGCUUGAAGAAUAUGAGAGAGAGAGAAAAAGAGAAGAGAAGUUGCGCAAGAGAGAACAGAAGCAGAAAGAUCGUGAAGUUCGACGGAAUAAAAAGCAACUUGAAAAGCUUCAAGCUGAAGAACAGAGAAAACUUCAAGAGAAGAUAAAGCUAGAAGAAAGGAAGCUCUUGUUAGCUCAGAGAAAUCUUCAGUCCAUUAGGUUAAUUGCAGAACUGCUAAGCAGAGCAAAGACAGUAAAGCUUUUGGAGCAAGAACAAAAUGAAGAAAAGCUUUGUCUUCAGCAGCUAGAGGAGAGACGAAAGCUCCAGGAGGCUGAGCUUAAACGUGUGGAAGAGGAAAAAGAGAGAGCACUGGGAUUGCAGAGAAAAGAAAAGGAACUGAGGGAGAAACUACUGAACAAUCUUCUGAGCAAGAAAAUGGAUGCAGUUAAUCAAAACAAAGAAGAAACUGAAGCAUCUCAGACUGAUGUGCUGAAAAGCCCUAGUGCUGUUCCCCACACUGUGUCAUCCUGCUGCAUCACUUCUACCUCAGGACAGGCUGUUACAGGCAAACUGGCUCCUGGCUCUCAAAUAGAAGUAGCGUCACCUGAAAGUGUAAACACUCAAUGCAAGUACUUGAAUGGCAACAUUCAUGACAAAGUUCAUGUCAAAGAAGGUCAGAAUCUUCAUACUACAAACUCUGAGAGGUGUUCUGACAAAAGAGGCUUGGGGGUACUUUCAUGUGUUCCCACCAAUAACCAGGGCCAGAAGAGCCUCUCUAGCUAUGACCAGAGCACUUGCAAGAAGGACUUGCACUGUGAGCAGGACAAACGUGGAACAGAGCCAAGGAGAAGAAAGAGCCAUUCAUGUAGCAGCAUAAACAGUGAUGAGAGUAAGGGUAGACAGGAGAGCAGCAGACACAGAAGAGAUGCGAGUUACCGGGAUGAAAAGCAUCGGAAGGACAGGAGGUAUUACAGACACUCCAGCAGAAGUUACAGCCCUCGCCGAAGCCGCAGUCCUCGGCGAAGAAGUGCAAGCCCCAGACGUUCCCGUUACAGACGAACGCGCAGUAGGGAACGCAGGCGGGACAGAAGAGAAAGGAGCCGUAGUCGCAGAAGUGUGAGCAGGAGGCGGAGGCACCGGAGGUGAUCACUGAGGGAGCAAAGGAGUACUUGGAGUGGGUAG